AUGGCCGGCAAUUCCGCAUCCGCAUCAUCUUUACAACUCCCCGCAAAGAUAGACCCGGACUCCGAGGACUACCGUCCACCUUAUGCCCAUGCCAUGCUCGCGGGUGGUCUCGGCGGGACCAUGGGUGAUAUGCUGAUGCAUUCGUUGGACACGGUCAAGACGCGACAGCAGGGAGAUCCGCACAUGCCGCCCAAAUACACCUCCAUGGGAAACACAUACUACACCAUCUUCCGCCAGGAGGGUGUAUGGCGAGGGCUUUACGGAGGCGUCUGGCCUGCAUUCCUUGGUAGUUUCGCCGGCACCUGCAUUUUCUUUGGUUGUUACGAAUGGAGUAAAAGGUUCAUGAUAGAUGGCGGCGUGACGCCUUCUCUGGCAUAUCUCGCAAGUGGCUUCUGCGCGGACUUGGCUGCGAGUCCACUCUAUGUGCCUACCGAGGUGCUGAAGACUCGUUUGCAGCUGCAAGGGAAAUUCAACAAUCCUUACUUCACCAGUGGAUAUAAUUACAGGGGAAGCUUUCAUGCGCUGAAGACCAUCUACAGAACAGAGGGCGUAUUGGAACUGUUUUCGGGAUACAAGGCGACCCUGUUCAGAGACUUGCCAUUCUCUGCGCUGCAGUUUGCGUUUUACGAGCAGGAGCAGAGAUUGGCGAAACAAUGGGUUGGUCCGGGAAAAGAGAUAGGAAUGCCGCUGGAGAUCUUGACAGGAGCUAGUGCAGGCGGAAUGGCAGGUGUUUUGACAUGUCCGAUGGAUGUCGUCAAGACGAGAAUACAGACGGAAUUGGAUCCGGAGCUGGCAGCAGCAGCGAGGGAAAAGAAGGCAGAGAAGAAGGCGGAGAAAAAGGCGGCCACGAGCAAAUCUUCGAAUGUCUCGGCAUCAUCGACAGGAAAGCGACCCACGCCUGUCUCUUCUUCAGCGCCACCCACCGGCAGAGGCAUAUCUACAUCUGGACCCAGCACCGUUCUGAAGCAGCACGGCCAAGUCCCACUUGAUACGGAGUCUGUGGUUAAAGCUUUGCGCAUAAUAUACCGUACAGAGGGUCUCAAAGGAUGGUUCAGAGGAGUUGGUCCGAGGUUCGUCUGGACCAGCGUACAGAGCGGUACCAUGCUCGUUGUCUUCCAGAAACUUUUGCGGUGGUUUGACGCGAACCCGCUUGUUAAGCUCGAUGAAGAUGAGGGUCUCAGAGGAUGGUCAUCUUAA